CUGACUCGGUGACGUCACCACCGCCCGCGCGCGCCGAGCGAGAGGGAAGAGGAAACAGCGGAGGGGGAGAAGAGGAGCGCGGGGUCACGACCUCUGACCUCUCAUCGAAGAGCAGAAAAAUUACCGACAAACGACCGACAGGAGCGGGGGAGAGAGUGCGGCGGAGAACAGCGGAGGCCGCCGGGAGCUCAGAGGAUGCGGCUGUGAGUGGAACCUCCGCCGGGCAGAGGUUCAGGAAUCUUCAGUGAUGACCAGCUCCUCCCAGCGUAUCCAGAUAAUCUCUACAGACUCAGCCGUCUCCACUCCUCAGCGUAUCCAGAUUGUAACAGAUCAGCAGACGGGACAGAAGAUCCAAAUUGUAACAGCCGUAGACUCCUCGGUGUCACCCAAGCAGCAGUUCAUCUUGGCCAGUCCGGAUGGAUCUGGAGCAGGGAAGGUGAUAUUAGCCUCCCCAGAAUCUGCCAAUGCCAAGCAGCUUAUCUUCACAACAGAAAACAUUGUGCCGGGUAGGAUUCAGAUAGUUACGGAUGCAGCUUCUGUGGAGAGACUUCUGGGGAAAACGGAAGUGCAGCGGCCUCAGAUUAUCGAAUACUGCGUAGUGUGCGGGGACAAAGCGUCAGGUCGCCACUAUGGGGCCGUCAGCUGCGAAGGAUGCAAGGGCUUCUUUAAGAGAAGCGUUCGCAAGACCCUGACGUACAGCUGUCGCAGCAGCCAGGACUGCGUCAUCAACAAACACCACCGGAACCGAUGCCAGUUUUGUCGCCUCAAAAAAUGUCUAGAAAUGGGCAUGAAAAUGGAAUCGGUGCAAAGUGAGCGGAAACCAUUUGACAUUCAUCGGGAGAAGCCAUCCAACUGCGCGGCAUCAACAGAAAAGAUCUACAUCCGGAAGGACCUGCGGAGUCCUCUCAUAGCGACGCCAACAUUCGUCUCCGACAAAGAUGGUGGGAGACAAUCGGGACUUCUCGAUCCGGGUAUGCUGGUCAAUAUUCAGCAGCCGCUCAUAAGAGAGGACGGCACUGUGGUUCUGUCUGCAGACUCCAAGACAGAAGCCAGUCAGAGUGGACUGGGAACUUUAGCAAAUGUCGUCACAUCACUCGCCAAUCUCACGGAGUCGGCAAACAAAGGGGACACUUCGGAUACCCAACCAGAGGACCAAUUCUCAAGUGAGAUCACGCGGGCUUUUGACACAUUAGCAAAAGCACUUAACACAUCAGAGUCAGCCGGCGGACAGAACCAGGCAGAAGCAGAUGGGUCGGACCCAACAGCCGGAGGGAACAUUCAUGUCAUUAGCCGGGAUCAGGCCACACCUAUCCUGGAGGUGGAAGGGCCCCUUUUGUCAGACACACAUGUCACAUUUAAGCUAACUAUGCCCAGCCCGAUGCCGGAGUAUCUGAACGUACAUUAUAUUUGUGAGUCAGCUUCCCGCUUGCUUUUCCUUUCCAUGCACUGGGCUCGGUCCAUUCCUGCCUUCCAGGCCUUGGGGCAGGAUUGUAACACCACUCUGGUGCGUGCCUGCUGGAAUGAACUGUUCACGCUCGGUCUUGCACAGUGUUCACAAGUGAUGAGCCUCUCCACCAUCCUGGCCGCCAUUGUUAACCAUCUACAGAACAGCAUACAGGAAGACAAGCUGUCCGGUGACCGGAUAAAGCAGGUAAUGGAGCACAUAUGGAAGCUGCAAGAGUUCUGUAACAGCAUGGCCAAACUGGACAUCGAUGGCUACGAAUACGCUUACCUGAAGGCUGUGGUCCUCUUCAGUCCAGAUCACCCAGGACUGUCCAGUACGGCACAGAUUGAAAAGUUUCAGGAAAAGGCACAGAUGGAGCUCCAGGACUACGUUCAGAAAACAUACCCUGAUGACACCUACAGGCUGGCGCGGAUCUUGGUGCGGCUCCCGGCUCUGAGACUUAUGAACUCUAGCAUCACAGAGGAACUCUUUUUUACCGGCCUGAUCGGCAGCGUCCCCAUCGACAGUAUAAUCCCGUACAUCCUGAAGAUGGAGACGGCGGAGUACAACGGGCAGAUCACAGGGACCAGCUUAUAGCGAAAUAGCACUUGUGUACAGACCAAGCACUUUGCAACGCACCCUUCCAGAGAGCGAGAUAACAUAUUAACGUUCGCGAGGGAGGGAGGACGUGUCCAAACACCCCGAUUAGCAGUAAUAUGUGCUGCCUAGUAGGGCCUCAGUCGGACAUUUCAGUAAUUGUAACCCAUUUCAUUGCCCAAACAGAACCGCAUCUUAAACAGCCAUAAGCAGACUGUCAGGUAGGACCGCCUAUAGGUUACACUUUCAUGUUCUGUGCAAGAGCAUAGCAGUCUAUUCAACACAAUAACAUAAGUGUACAGCUUAGAGAGGGGAAAAAAAAGUCAUAACGGCACAACUGACAGCUCAAAGAACAACGUGCUCAUGUAAUCUCAGAUGUCAG